UGUUUAUUUGCGCCGUUUGAUUUCAAUUCAAAAUUGGAUUUCACUCCCAGCUCUUUCAAUUUCGAAAUUGGGUGUUCAAAGUAGUGGGUAAUUAGGUCGGAGGACUUGGGUUUUCUGGUUUUGGUUGUGGUGGUUUGGAUUUGGGCCUGAGAAUUGUAUGAAAUUUGGUGGUGAUUCAAAGGAGAUCCAAGCUACCAUGAAAACUGGUAAAGAGAGAAAGGGAAAGAGAGUUGAGCCUCCCACAAAUUGCUAUGGAAGUACAGGUUCGAUAGGUGUCAAUAAAUCUACAAAGAGAAAUAGUGCACAAGGUCGCAAAGCAACUGGGAAAAAUGAACAUUUUUUGGUUCAAGAAGACAAGUUAUCUUCUAUCACAGGUCAGGCAUUGUGUCAGCAGCUUCCAGACAAAAGAACAUGUCCUCCAGAAACAACAAAAGAAUCAUCUGUCCUCAAGCUUGUUUUGGGACAAACACUUGAUCCUUCUUCAAAGAUCAAGUUGCAGCUUUUCCCAAUAGAUGAAGGCACUCGCAUAGGAUUGGAGAGGGAUGGACAUCAUCCAUACUUGGAACUCACCCUAAGAGCUCGGAAGAAGAUAUCCUCUGUACUCAAGCAUAUCAAUAGUAAGUGGGGUAGUUCAAGCAUAUCACUGGGAGACCCCAUACUUUUUCCAUACCAUGUGGCACUUGAAAAUAUGUCUAGUUAUAGAACAUGGUCUUUGAAUGAUGGUGACAUCAGUGCAGGAGAUGUCUAUGCAGCUACUGGAAGUCCUUCUGUUUUUCGCUUGAAGUAUGGCUGGUUCUCUAGUGAUCCUAAAACCUUUGCAACACCUUCCACAUCAAUUGCCUCUGAGCCUUGUUCAAAAUCUGAAGGUGUACAGAAAGGUUGCAGUUCAAAUAUUGAGAAUUUAUAUGGUAAAGGAAAACCAAUCGAGUUAACAAGAAACAAGUUUAAAACAAAUAACAUAAGUGAAGGGGCAAAUGUGGCUGCAGUUGAGAAGACAUCUAUGGAUGUAUCAGUUAAUCCUGUGUUUGAUGAAGUGAGGGUGGAUAAUGGCCUAUCACAAACAUCAGAUCUAUGGGCUGAUAGUCUAACUAACAUUAGCAUCGGAGGUCUGCUGUCUGAAGCAUAUUUGCAAGCCAAGCUCAAUAAUUGCAGUCAGAAGUCUGAUGGGAGCAAGUCAAGCUUUAGGAUACCUUCUACAUUCACUCCCUUUGAAAGUUGUUCACAAUCUGGAGGCAUACAGAAAGGUUGCAGUUCAAAUGUGGAGAAAACAUAUGGCAAAAGGAAACAGAUUGAGGUAACAGGAGAAGAUUAUAAACCAACCAAUAUAAAUGAAGUGACAAAUGCAGUUGUGGCAGAGAAGAUGCAUUUAGACUUAUCUGUUGAACCUCAGGAUAAUGAAAUCAGGAUGGAUAAUGGCCUUUCACGACCAUCAGCACUAUGGGAUGAUUGUCUAACCAACAUAAGCAUUGGUGGCCUGCUUUCUGAAGCUUCCUUGCAGGGAAAAUUUAACAACUGCAGUCCAAAGACAAAUAAAAGCAAUUCGGGCUUGCAACCUUCUCUGUUAAUCUCUGACUCAUUUGAUGCUUUUAUUGCUGGCCAAAUGCAGCUUCCUCAAGGCCCAAGGCUGCCCUCCCAUGAGGUGCACUCAUCUAUUUUGGAUGCAGAAGAAACAUGUCAUGCAUUUCCAUGUCAAAAAUUCUCUUCCUCAGGCAAAGAUUUUCUGGUUUUAGGGGGUGCUAAUUCUGGAGCCUGCAGCCAGGAUGCUGGUUCCAAGUCAUUCAAGCUUCCUAAAUUUGCAGAGGUCACCGGUCAAACUGGGCUUCCACAAGACCAUACUUGUCAAGAAUCCAAAACAGACCCAUUGCUUUGUUCAGGAGGCAUCUUUGCUGAUGAUAGCAGCCUUGGGCUGGCAGGCAUCAAAUGGAAUGACUCUUUGGGACCCUUUGAUCUUGGCCUGUCCUCCUCUCGGAAGAUUAUCAAUGGGGACAGUAUUAGCCUCAGCGGAUUUGUUAGAUAGCAACCCCAAGAUGGACAUCUCCGUUUCCCAAUUCCAUAGACUCAUUCUCAUCUGAGAAUGCUUUCUAGUGACAUCCCAGCAAAUCUAUCACUGAGAUGGAGACUUCAUUACCAGCGAAAUUGUGAGUUCAUGCUGAACUCUGGAGGCAUGAAGUUAUUCCUUAAAUUCAGAUUUAACUGCAAAGUUAGCAAGAGAAUUAGGAAUGUACUGAAGUGAAUAUGAUUAGUUAUUUUGUCUUUUCAAGAUGCCAAGAGUGGAAAAAUAAAACUGGCAAGAAAAACUACAUUUAUUAGGUUGUGAGAAGUAAUUCUUCCAUGUCCAUAUUUGUCCUAAUUUUGCUGCUGAUUUGGAUGAAAAAGUUUGUUAUAUUUUGAACUUACUCUGUAAACCCCAUUGAAAUUUAAAUCUCAAGUUAUUAUUUGAUAGAAA